AUGGAAGACCUGGUCAGCGUCAACAACCACAUGAAGCAUGCCUUCGAAGUUUCACGAGCAACGUCUCCCGCCGGGACCAUAGCCAUGCAAGAUGGUCAAGCGACCGACGCUGGGACACCAGCCAAGCGCAACAGACCCCGAACAUUUCCCUACUUCUCGACUCUGCCUUAUCCGGUCGAAGAUGAAGCUACGAGACAGGAAAAUCUGGCAGAGAUCCUCAAGCGCCUCUACAUCGCCAUUCAGGCCAGCGACUUCACGCCGGGCGCGGUGCAUUGGACGAGGGAACUCCGCAGCUGGCUCUCACUCAAGUUUGAUCCGACGAAAGAGCAGCGGGUGAAGCUGGUGCAACUCUACUACGAACUGGCACUGGCUCCUGGCAUCGACCCAGUCGUGAGUGAACGCUUUGCCAGCAUGUUCAUGCUGCUCAUCAAGAAAAAGCAUUACCUGCGGCCCCUUGUCGACCUCACCCUUGAUUGGCGCCCGCUCUAUCGAGAAAUGAAGGUGUUCGUCCUCCCCAGCGAGUCGGGUCUCAUGCAGACUACCAAUCUCAAGAGAAACAUCAAGACACUCGUCAAGCUCUGUUCGUUCGCUCAGUUGUACUUCGACCCCGAGGAUAUCCCGUCCAUGCUGGAAGAAAUACUGCCCCAUUUCACCAUGUCGGCAACAGAAGGUGCCUUUGUGGUCAUUGGCCUGCUCAACAUGCUUCUACCGACAGCACCGCCUCCGCCUAAUCGAUCCGACUUGAGCCCGCAGCAUUUCUUGCCAACCUUCUUUCACCUAGGUUCCUUGGUAAACCGCUCUCGGACCGUGGAUGUGGCGCUCAUCGAUCUCCUUUCUCGCCUCGCUCGGGAUUCUCUGCCUAGUAAGCAGGUUGACUUCUCAGAGUUCGGCAUCUUCACCGCCGAACAGUCGACCUUGAUUACCACGGCCAUCCUGAGACUACUCGAGAUACCCGUCGGGCAGUCCACUUCGCCGUACAGUGCUCUGGUCGAUAUUACAGCUGGAAUGGGCUUUCUAUUAGAUCGAGACAGCAGGAAACACCCAGUCUCGCACCACAUUGCUAGGUGGUUCAUCAUGUCUAUGUCGCCGGCGUGCUUGGACAAGGAGACAUCCGUGCUAUCUUUGCUUGAGAACCUGAUCCAGGCAAUAGAGACUUUCUUCCAUCCCUCCAACUCUGGCUCUUGGACAAGAACAUUGUCGCAACUUGUCUUCUACCUGGCCGAUUUCUUCGUCAUGCGGUGGAACCGGGAGCGCAAUGGGGAGAUGGAAGUCCCUCCCGAGCGGAGACUCAAUGAAGCGAUCCGAAAACGCUUCGUCCUCUGCCUACGGGACGUCAUCUUCAUGGGCAUCUAUGCGAAGAGCGGAACAGCAAUGAGCUAUUCCUUGUCGACCCUUCAGGCGCUGGCUUUCUUGCAGCCGGAUCUGAUCCUUCCAGGCGCCUUACAGCGCAUUUAUCCCUCCAUGCAGGGACUGGUGGAGGUGCACCGCACGAUCUCGUCAAUUCGCGCCCUGCAGAUACUUGCCAGGACAAUGAUCAGAACAAAAGGCUACCGCUGUCACAUCACGGCUCUUCUUGGCCUUGCCCUACCUGGCAUCGAUGCCAAUGAUCUCGACAAGACUCUGUGCACCUUGUCAUUUUUCGCCAAUGUCUGCUACAACAUACCAUUUGAAGAUCUUUCCAAGGGGAGAGAUGAUGUUCAAGGCAACAUCUUGGCUAUCGAAUGGAUUACUGGCGAGAUGGAACGUAUGGAGCAGGAAGGUGCCGCUGUUCAGCUCAACUAUGCAGCCUUGAACGAAAAAGAUGAAGAGCUAAUACUUGCCUCGUCCACUGCUGGGUUGGCUGAGUUUGUGACUUCUUUCUUAGGCAGGGUCUUCACCUUGCUGGAAAACCUGCCCGAUGCUGCACGUGUACGAAGUGGCUCCCCAGAGGAGAACAUUGUCAAUACGCUCCCAGCGGCGUUUGCACCGCUCUUGGCCUCUCUUUCUCCCGAGCUGUACGACCUCGCGUUGAACAAGAUUGUCGAUUUUGUGGCCAACCACGUAAUCCACCAGUCAAGAGAUGCCAUGGCGUUCAUUUGCAAUUGCCUCUGCAAGGUUAAUCCGGAAAAGGCUCUGGCAAAGUUUGUCCCGGUGCUGGUAAGCGCCAUUCGCACAGAAAUCGACGAGAACGGGGCUGGCUCAACCAGAAAUGCCGCUUCCGAUGUCCUACCUAGAGACCGGGGCUUGGUCUGGAACAUCAGCAUGCUGAGUAUGUGCGUGGUGCACGUGGGCUCGGCAGUCCUGAAAUACAAGCAAGAGCUCUUCGACAUCGCGGUUUACAUGCAGCAGAAAUGCAAAGGCAUGCCGACUGUGCACAUUUCCAACUAUGUGCACCAUUUGUUGCUCAACCUGACCGUCACCUAUACGGCCGACUAUGCUUUAUACGAGCCGGAGAAAGCCAAAGAUGGACUGACUGCGGACUUUUGGGGAGCGUCCACACCACCUGCUACGAUCAAUCCAAAAUGGCACGUCCCCUGCAAGGAAGAGGUCGACUUCGCGGUUGAACUGUUUCAGACUCAGGCUGAAAGCGCCAUCCAGCAUCUGCAGCGUCUUAUUGACGGCACAUCCAGCGUCAAACGAGACGGCAGCGGCAAGGAAUGGUCAGAUGAGGUCUCCAGAAACCUGGUCCUUCUCCGCCUGCUGCUCGCCGGCGUAUCGGUACUGUUCGAUGCCAAGGGCGUCAAUGAGGGUUUGACGACAACCGCUGCCGGCGUCGAUGCUGAUGCUUUGAUGUCUCAAGCCAAUGGCCAUGCGCCCGAAGAGAAUAACGGCGCGAGUGACGGUGACACUACCCUUGAUGGCACUGAUGAGACGUCUCUCAAACCUUCGUUCCGGUACCCUGCUGGCGAGAUUCUCAACCCCGACGACGAUAACUACAAGCUUAUUCAUCACCUGCGACAAAAAAUAGGUCAUGUGCUCCAUGAUGUCCACGUCUUUCUGACUCAAUAUGCUGAAGAUGAUGUGUCUUCAUUUGCCCCACUGUACACCGCUUACAGAUCUUGGUUCGUCGACGUUGGCAUCGAACGUUCGGCUCAUGUACUUGACCGUGUCACUCGACUACUGCAUGCGGACGAGCAGCCGUACAAAGUAGCGGGAGUUCGAAAAGACUAUCCUCGCUCGAUUCUUGUUCGACGAGCGAAUGUUUACCACACGCAGAGAUUGCGCCAUAACGCAGCACCGAGACCACGUUCGGAGCUCGACGAACAGCUUCUGCUUGAUCUCGCACAGUCCGCGGUGUCCUUGUACACUGAAGUCCGACGCAACGCGCAGAGUGCGGGAGAAUCUGCUCUGAAAGUGAUCUUUGGAGCCCGUCUCUUUGUCAUCCCACCACUCUUGAAAGCUUUCCAGGAGGCUGUCGAAAAUAAUGAUUUUCCACGUAUCAAGGGCGGUCUAUUCGCCCUGUUGUUCGGCAGCCUGGCAAAAACCGUAGGGAGACACUGGAAAUACACGCCAGCGGUCAUCAGAACGUUCAUCGAAGCCAGUAGUGCCGACAAACCUUCCAUCCAAAAACUGUGUUCCGGUGGCCUGUUCCAAAUCAUGGAUUAUGGUCGACCGGGGGAUCGCAUGGCGAUCAUCGAUCGUAGAGUUGUUGAUCCCCUCAAUCCGGACGACGAUGUGGAGGACCAAAUUGCGAAAAAGAAAGCCUUCGUCUUGACUAAGCGUGCUAACAUUGAGCGCCGGAAGGCAGAACUGGCCGAAGAGCUGGUUGAAAUGUGCCGCAGUUCACAUUGGAAGAAAGCCUCGCGUGUUGCUACGCUGGUCAUGUCCUUGGGCAUGCGUUUCGAUACUGUGGCGCCGGACAGCAUGAUCGAAUUGGUGACGCUGGGCACGAUAGAUCCUCACCCGGGUCUGCGUGGACUAUACUCCCAAGCCCUGGUUGCCCUCUUCACUAUGACUGAUGUGAGGGCGGUCUCCAAUCACGAUUAUGCAAAUUACAUCCAGGCAAUCCAGCAGUUCCCCGCAAAGGUGAAGGUCGAGACUAAAGCCGGAGAAAAGUCAUGGACGGAUGAAUUUUUGAAGACCUUUUCCCAACCCGAAGCCGACGUCUACAUUGAUCACGACUAUCCAGGGUGGCUAGUUUGGUCAAAGGAUAUGCCUGGCUACAAGGCUAAUAUCGAGAAGGACAUCGUCUACGAUGAACUUGAGUGGGCGAAACGAACCAGGAUCGGCCGCCUCCUCGAUCGAAAAUGGUUCAACACGCUGUUCAUGUAUCUGAAGCAAGAGCCUCGCGACACUUCUGUGGACAAGUUCCGUGUCGCAAGCGCGGCCAUGUUGACUUAUGCCUUCGAGUUGAUUAUCAGAGAUGGCCUUACCGUUGCCACUUUUGAAGACAUCAAGGAAGAAACGCUUGCGGUCUUCGGAGAUGGGAGCGACAAACAUCAGCACCGUGCGACAGCCGAAAUUCUUGCUGGCCUGGUCACUUCGGUCAUGGACAACUCGAUCGAGCGCAGGACCAUGGUGUGGGAGUUCGCCUUUCCCAUCAUCCAGCGUGUCUUUGCGGAUGGCCUGACGCCCGAAAACUCCGGUUACUGGACAAACUUUCUGCGUAUGAUACUUCAGGCUAGAGACCCCCGCCGAGCCUGGCCUUUAGUCGAGUGGCUUACAAGCUUCCGUCUCGACAUGUCGUCCAAUGCCGCCUUCAAAGAGAGCUCCAAGAUCCAUCUGCUUCAUCAAGUGGUCUUGGAAGCAGGCUGGCACUUCCAGCUCGAGAAGCCCAUCGUGGAGAACUUCCUCAGUCAUAUCGACCAUCCGUACAAGGGCGUUCGAGAAUCUAUGGCCCAGACCCUUGCCGCCAUCACCCGUACUCGCUACCACGAAUCGUACAAGGAUGUCAAGGAGCUCGUCCAGACCCAGAACGAUGCGGGCUCUAUUGGUACCCAGCCUUAUCUUCCGACCAAAGACUUUGACGACACUAUGAACGAAGUUUUUGCGCGGCUCGAGAAGUGGCGACAUGAGCGCACACCAGGUCAGCAAAGUCCUUCUGCGUACACGUCUGGAAGCAAGACGAUAUUGUUAUGGCUCGACUCGAUGUUGUCCUCGUAUGAGUGCACUCAGCUACUCAAAUACUUCCCGGAUCUGUUUAUGGAGCAGUUUCUACACAUGAUGGAUGUCAAAGAGGAUCCCGAGCUCCAGUCACUGGCCUACCAUGUAUUCCGUCAUCUUCCCAACAUCCCACAUCGUAUCGGAGAGGACCAAGCAAUGAUCGAUGCCUUGAUCCGCAUCGGAAGAACGUCUUCGUCCUGGCAUCAACGCCUUCGAGUCAUGAUCAACAUGCAGAUCAUAUUUUUCAGACGCCUGUUCUUGCUCUCAGAGGAGAGCAAACAGAAGUUGUUCAGUUGUGUGGCUGAUAUGCUUGAGGAUACGCAGCACGAGGUUCGAGCGGGUGCCGCUACAACCUUGUCCGGGAUGAUCCGGUGCUCGCCUCUUGAGCUACGCGAGAGAAUGAUCAAACAGCUGCGUGAUCGUUUUACGCAAGCCCUCAUCAAUAACCCUCUUCCGAAGAAGCCAAAGGGCCAGCUAGCCGGGCUGUCGUCAGCUCGGACCUCGGGAACUAACACACCCAGUCCAGAAGCACAGCGGCUAGUCGUCGUUCGCCAUGCAGCGGUACUUGGUCUGGGUGCAUUAAUCCAAGCAUUUCCUUAUACGAGUCCGCCACCAGCCUUCAUUCCCGAAUUGCUUGUCCAGUUAUCCAGUCGAGCGGCAAACGACCCAGGCACGGUGGGAAAUGCCGUCAAGAGCAUCAUUGCUGACUUCAAAAAGACACGUGUCGACACAUGGUUUGAGGAUAAAAAGAUCUUCGACCCUGAGACUUUGGAAACGCUGGCUGGAGUGCUAUGGAAGAGCUACUUUGCCUAG